AUGGCUGCUGCAACUUGCUCCAAAAAGCCUUUUAUUCUAAGGAGCUGCUUGAUAGCCUCCACCCAUGAAGUUGGAGAAAGGCUACCACCUGAUGGUCCUGGAGGUGUUGGAAUACCAGCCAAAUUGCUUGCAACUCCAGGACGUUGUGUUACCCUCAUUGUUCCAUGCUCCAAGUCCAAGAAACACAUGCCAUUCAGAAACGAGAAAAAAGGCCGGAACCGAAUGCGUGUACAUCACUUAAAUAAUGUUAGUCGAGCUUUAGCGAUUUUGGAAGACAACAAUGUCAAGCUGGUCAACAUAUCGAACGAACACAUAGUUGACGGGUCGGCCAAACUCACCCUGGGUCUCGUCUGGGCCAUCAUCCUACACUGGCAGGUCCAGGGAGUCCUGAAGGAUGUGAUGUCUGACCUGCAACAAACGAAUUUAGAAAAAACACUUCUUGCCUGGUGCAGACAGACAACGAAGGGUUACCAUGGUGUGGAUGUUCAAAACUUCACAACGUCGUGGACUGAUGGGCUGGCCUUCAAUGCUCUUAUCCACAGUCAUCGUCCUCACUUGUUUGACUGGACGGUUUUGGCCAGGAAGCACCCAUAUGCUCGUCUUGAGAAUGCUUUCAGAGUUGCACAUGAACAUCUAAGCAUUGAAAGACUAUUAGACCCUGAAGAUGUCAAUUCGCAAGUACCUGAUAAGAAGUCCAUUAUGAUGAUGUGA